GUAAUGGAAGUAUGUUGCAGAUUGUGCCUUUACACUACCGGCGAGAUGAUAGACAUCUUCGACGAACGGGCGUGCGAGGCGAAAGUGUGCGAGAAGCUGAUAGCCCAUUUGAAUCUAAGCGUGAAAAAAGAAAGUUCGCUGCCGAAACAUAUUUGCCUCAAAUGUUGGCAAAAAGUGGAGGCCUUCGAAGAAUUCUACCGAGAGGUGGGCGAUAAUCAGGUUAUCCUUGCUUUCAACCAACCGGAUUCGAUCGUUUAUCAAGAGCCCUCCGCAAAGCCACCCUACAUCGCCGAGGAAGAAGAGUUCGCCACUGUGGCAGUUGCACCGACCGCUUCGCCGGAAGCCGAAAACGGUCCACCAUCCUACGAUGAGGUUCAACAGUUUAAGGUGGCGCACCGAAUAACAAUCCAGACCGUGCAAGGGGCGAACGAAGGAGCCGUAGAACCAUGCUACGUAGAAGUGCAAAUCCAAGAAACUGAUGAUGCACUCGAAAAAGAACCAACUAGCGAGGAUGGCAGCGAUCGACGAAGUGAUUUCAGUGGCCACGACGAGGGUACUGUUGUGGACAUUGAUGAAGGGUCAGAAUCAGCCGACAAUACGAUUACCAUACCCAAAUUGCUGCAGGAUGGAAAGUUUGUUGUUCGUGGCGGACAGCUGCGCAAGUACAUGGAAAAGUUUUAUGAUCUUGAAUGUGACAUUUGCAACCAUGGUGGGUGGCAAACGAUAGAAGAGCUUUUCAACCACUAUCAAACGAUGCACAGUACCACUGGAUACGUGGAGUGCUGCGGCCGUAAGAUGAGAAGACUGAAAUUGAUGGCAACACACAUGGCUACCCAUGUCCAGCCGGAAGCAUUCGAGUGCCCGAUUUGUAGAAAAAUUAUGACUUCCCAGCAGACGCUUCGCUUGCACAUUAAAAAUCAUUUACCGGAAGAUAAGCGACCUCUCCAGUGUAGCCACUGCCCUCGUCGCUUCAGCUACUCAAGCGUGCUGGCAACUCACCAGGCCUCGCAUCACAGCAAAGAGCAGAACACGCUCCUUGUGUGCAGCAUUUGCGAUCGGUCGUACCGUUCAACUAAAGGCUUGCAGGAACACAUGGCUGCGGUGCACGCCGACCACCAGCCGGACGGUAAUGGACCGGUAGUAUGCCACAUCUGCGCGAAGCAGUUUAAUAAUCGCUGCAAUUUGGCGUACCAUAUGACCACGCAUCAGCCACCAUUGCAUCAAGUGCAGUGCGAGGAGUGCGGCAAGUGGCUCAAAAACAAAGUCUGCUUGCGCAAACACAUGAUACAACACUCUCAGGUCAGGCAUCAAUGCGACCAGUGCGAUUACUCUGCCGUCAACGUGCAGUGCCUACAGAAUCACAUCCGGGUUAAGCAUUCGAACAAACGUCCGCAUGUCUGCGGCGAAUGUGGCAAAGCAUUCAAGCUCAAAACAAAUCUCCAGAACCAUAUGGUGCAGCACACGGGCGUGCACAAGUACGCGUGCGAGUUUUGCUCGCGAAAGUUCGCCUCGAGCGGCAACUAUUACGUCCACCGAAAGCGGAUGCACCCGGAAGAGUUGGCACAGCAGAAUAAGCAAAAGCAAGAAGAGAAACGGGAGUUUCGCGAACGAGCAAUUUUGGCAAAGAUAAAUACUGAAUCAAAGGUUAGCCAUCUGUCUUAAUUUUUGCGCCUCUAUCAUCGUAGUCGAUACGGCAGGGCGUACUUUAGUUUGUGAAUGAAAAAAUACACUGAUCGAUAACCGUAGUUCUGUACUCUUAUUGAAACUGCAAAUUUGAAGCACACGAGAUGUCACAUACGCAAAGAACCACUGUGGUCCGGAAGGUUUGCUCCAGACCAAGUUUUUGGUUUACUAGAACGAUAUUAACCCACUCUUCGAAGUACCAUAGUUGAGGGCCUUUCUAUUCUUUCUUGUCGAACUUGCCUCCGUAGAAGGGGAUGUAUGAGACGAUCACCCGCCAGUCGGUUAGGUAGCAUCCGAUUAACGCCGCUGCCGCUCCGUAGGCUCCAGCAGAUG